AUGAACUUAGUCGCGAAAGGAGAGCACGAUGGAUUGCAGAGAAAGACGGAAGGAAAUGGGUUUACGGUGAAACGCGGCAAAAGUGGUGGUGGUGAUGGAAGGAAUGGCACAAAGGGUGAAAAAGAGUGUGGGAAGGAUGUAGAGAAUGGAGAUGAGGAGAUGGGGUUGGGUGUAUGGAGUGGAGAUAGUGGAAAUGGAGUGGAGGUAGUAAAGCACGGCGGAAAACGAGACGGGGAGGAGAAAGAGAGCCGAGAGGGCCAAGAAAUGGCGCGGGUGGGCGGCGAUCACGCGCCAGGUUUCAGAGAGUACUUGCCGGAGGCUUGGGCUGUGGGUUGA